AUGAAGUUUCUGCUGAUACUUUCUUUCGUGACCUUGUCGGUCUCCGCUGGAUUUCUCGUGAGGCGGGAUGUGCAAACCAUCCAGACUGUGAUUCAGGGAAUCGGUACAAAAUUGACGAAACUCGACGCCUCCAUCAAGGCGUUUGACGGAAAGGACUUCAAUACGUUGGCCACUGACGCUCUUGGACUAAGCGACAUGCUGAAACAGGGCACCCAGAAGAUCCAAGCAUCUCAACCCAUAACCAUCAACGAGGCGCUUACUCUCCAACAAACACUAGCGCCCAUUCAGGAUCAGGGCAACACUCUUGUAGCUGACAUCGUUGCGAAGAAGCCUACGUUUGAAGCUGCUGGGCUCUGCGAUGUUAUCGGCUCUCAGACAAAAGACUUCGGUGCCACAGCGCAGGCUUUGGUCGAUGCGACUGUGUCCAAGCUCCCAGCCGCCAUUCAAGGAAUCGCUCAAGGACAGGUGGGUACCUUUACAGCCUCGUUCGACCAGACAGCGGCUGCUUUCGCACCUGGAAACUGCACCAACGCCGUGGCUGCACAGGCCACAGGAUCAAAUGCUACAGCAUCUGCACUAAGCAAGAUGUAG